UUGAAUAGCUCAGAAUCCUAAUUAUUGGCUCUGCUCUAGCUCGUUUUAUACAGGAGAUGAUUGCGUCGGUCUGGGCAAUGCGCGAAUGAGAAAGGACGGAGAACCGUGUCCCUUGAAGAGGACCUCAAAUCUCGAAACUUCACGACUUCAGCCCUUUGUUUCAGCACCGAAAUCGGCGGACUUUCUCUAUGGUUACGUCUACUUAAUGAGCCGCUGUUUACACUGCGAGCUCAGUAUCCUGUGUGAAAAUCGUUGCAUCCCUCAACGAGAUGGGCCACACUGUGAGGUACGGAGCUGCGAUCAACCCAGGUGGCAGGGCGUCGGAAAGUAUUGUGACAGCCACUACCUAUCGUACAUCUAUGCCAACCGGAACGGCAGACCACGGUUCAGUUCCGGACUUACCAUCAGCAUUCAUUGCAAAAGUACCGAAAUAUCUGGAACACUUCAAGCACAACGUCUUUCGAAUGCCACUUAACCUCAACCUCGUUAUCGAAACCAUCCUCGACUACUCUUCCCAGGCACCGAAUCUCUACUCGAUAGAUACCGAGUUUGCUCGCACACGGACCAUCGUCUGGGUAACAGAGGUGGCCAUUUCCGAUAUCAAAUCACGGCGUCUUGUUGCCGAUUACAUCUCCCCGAAGGAAGUCUACACCAAGCGUGGCCAACCCCGUAGGCAGGCUUCAUUGGCAGCUGCACGUUUAGCCGGCCGGUUAUCGAAAGACAGUGUGUCAACGGUAUACACGGUUUCCGACCUUGCUAAACAGAUCGAGGUUAUAAAAGUUCAGACGACCGAUAUCUUCGUCGAGAACAGCAAUCGCAAGCAUGCGGACCUAGACCUUGGGUAUGCCAAAAGCGUCUUACGAGCAGGUGGCUUUAAUAGUGAGGCGCUUUUACCUGUUCGCCGGGCCUAUUGCGUACAGAUAGCUCUGAAGGAGGUUCUCAGUCAAGUUUUCCAGCUUUCCACGUGGAGUCAACAAUUACUCUACAGGAUUCUGGACCCGCAAAGCCCCCCUUGUUGACCAGAACCAUACUGCGGCAGUCGACUCGAUCCAACUGGCUGAAAUUAUGCUCCUGAUAGCUCAGCUAAGUAAGCCAGCACA